UUUGAACUUUAUUGACGGUUAAAGCUUAUGUUUUAAUUAUACAUGAACACAAUAUAAGACCAAACUACAUAUUUGAUAUAAAUUAUAUAAUUGUACAUGAAGAUGAUGCUGUCAAACAGCUUUUAUGGACAUAGGAAGCUAUAUACAUUUUGAAAUUUUUUUGUGUUGUUUUGUCAAUUAAAGAAGGGUGCUUUGCUGUUUAGUACGACAUACCUCACCUAACAGGAUGCAGUGUCCAAGUUGGAUGCCAGAAACAACCUUGAAAUUUAAAUUUCACAGUGCCUUCUUCCUACUUUCCUUACUUUAUACAAAUUCAUCAAAGACAUCACUGGAUGCAGGACAAAUCGUUAAAUGAGGAGCAGUGACUUUGACAAUUGCUUAACAUUUAGGUGAACAUUAAUUGACUGAAGUGUGACAAGAAACAAAUUGUGCUCACGAAAGGCAAGUAUUGUAAAUGUAGUAAAUGUAUUCAAGAUAAUUGUAACAAAUCCUCAGAAUCUGUCUGCAUUAAGUUUUCAAGUCAUGUAAUUUGUGACCCGCAUGUAACUACCAUUAUACAUUUUUACGAUCAGAUAUUGCCAUGGAUAGUUGAUGGUCUGGACCCUGUGGACAAGACUUUUUGUUGAAGGUGAAGUGUGCAUAGUUGUUUCGAAAGUCUGUUGGAUUCUGGCUUACAGUUAAUGUACAUGUUCCUGGGACAUCCUGCUAUGACACAGGUUAGCUUUUAUUUCAUGUAAUUGUUUCAAUUAAGAUACCCUACCAUAAGUUUCAUUACGCAGCGUACUAUGAAUGAACAUCUCGCAAACAUAUUGUAAAAACCUACGUGCACACAAUAUCACUUUAAGAAAGACAAAAAAAAACGUUUUGUUUUCAAUAAUGCUUACUUUGACCUGACGUCUUUGUUCAAAAUCUACUCUUCAGUAAUUACAUGCUAACCACCAAACAUUACAUGUGCAUGGUGCCUGGUCAGUCCAGGAUGUAGUGUAGUCAGAUCGAACCUGUCCCUAAGAUUUCUUUCACAUGAACCCUUCAUGACAGAUGCCUUGAUACAUGUAGUUAUACAAACAGUGAAAACAACUUCAUGAAUGUUCAAUGCCUUCAUGUGAUUUGGUUCUGCAGAUUUGGGAUACCUGGUAGGCUGUGAUGGACAACAAACCGCAAGUAUGCUGAAGGAAGUAGUUAGGUAUUCUCCGAAAAAUGAAAGUGUCAUCAUAACUUACUUCUAAGUUCCAUUUCAGACUAUGAGCACUGAAACAUGUUAAUGUAGUGACAAGUAGGUGUAUAGUAUUGAAAAUUGCAGCUGUGGGAAACCGUUACGUUGUGAAACAAGACAAACCAUCUACAUUGUUUUUCGACUAAAAACCAGUGAAUUGGUUCUGUGUUUACAAAGGUUGUAGCAUUACACCUUCCAACUAAGACAGUUGGCUCCAAAGGGAAUUAAGCUGGCAUUAUCAACAGGUGAAGCAUUGAGCAAGGAAGACACAAGUUUUUUGGCGAUAUACCUGUAAUGAAGUCUUUGUUGGAAAAUACUACAAAAUCAUGCAAGGCCGAUGCACGUGCCAUCAAAUAUAGAGCAGCCUCUUUGAUCUGCAGCAAUAAAUAUGAAAAUACCCUUUCUUGUCUGCUUCGGAACAAUAAAGGAAAGGCUGCUCUUGGCAAGGUCUUACAAAGGCGUAUUAGACAGGAGACCAAAUCAUACCCAACAAAGCAACAUUACCAAAAGAUGUCAACGCGGACAACAUAACCAAGUGGAGUUGGGGAGCCAUCAUUGCUGAUGCAGAGGCUUACAUGCCUAUUUUUGGUGACUGCCCUCAAAGCUGCCCUACCAGACCCAGCUAUACGUCAAGGCACAUUUCCAGUUGGCCGCAAGAAAAACCGCCGUGUGUCAAAGGCCGAUGCUACAGUGCAGCGCAGCCAGAGACUUGGCAUAAUGCUAGCAAUGAUCAUGUACUCACAUCGUCCACUCGUGUUCAAUUUCAUUCGAGGCUGUUUAAGCAUUCAGCUGUGGAAACAUGGGUGUAGUCAGAAGCUUCUCAGCUACUUGCAAAACCUAGGACUGACGAAGGGUCCAAAAGGCACCAUUGGAACAAUUGACAGAGUUCGUAAGGGUUUCAAAGAAAAACUACAUACAUGGGAAAAAACAAAAACAUGCAUCACACAAAUGCUAGCAUCUACUUGGAGUAAACUGAGGGAGAGAAUGACCCUGGUUGUACAAGUGAUCCUCAAGUCCGCAUCAUGGAGAACCUGUAUUAAUUUGUGCCAGUGCAGAAAGGAAAGUUUUGAUGAUGAUGAUCACGACAAGGAUGGCGUGCUUGAAUAUUCUUAAUCAUUGCUGUAUCAGGGCUUGUACCAUCGGGCCCUCAGACAGGCCAUUCGAGAAGGUGAUGCACGAGUCAUCAUGGAUCACUGGCGUCUAGACAUUCCUGCAUCUUGGAACAAGAAGCAUCACAAGUAUUUCAUACUUGCCCACAAAACGUUGGUAGGAAUGUCUGGAUUCUAUCUGUGGCGGGAUGGAAACAUCGGGAUUGACCUUGUUAAUGAAUUUUUUAACAAGGAUUACAAACAGAUGCUAGCACGAUCAAGGGGAGUGUGCACCAAAGAGCAGGUUCAGCGCUGCAGUGAAAUCAGCGGAGCCUUUGGUCGAGAUCUUGAUGACAUUUUCAUGUCUGCAAUUACUGGUAGGACUGGCAAAUCAUCCAAAGGCCAACCUGCUGAAUUUCAAGCAGAUGUCAAGCAGUUCGGUGCUGAAUACAAGGAUGACGACCUGUUUGAAUUUGAACCAGGGCGUCGACACAGUGCCUUCCUAAAGUAUUGUCAUUCUUUACAUUUUAAAGAUCCAGCUAAGUUAGGUGUCGAUAAUGUUGUGGGCGAAAGGUUGUGGGGAGGCGAUGAACAGCUGACUGCUGUGGGGUAUGUAAUGGCAGUUGCACGUAUGUUCAUGGCGCUCAUUACGAAAGCGCGCUCGCGCAAGAUUUGCACUUGACAACAGCAUAGCAACAGGCGCUCUGAUUGCAAAAUGAG